GAUAAGAAAUAAUUUGAAGAAACCUACUCAUAAAUAUAUAAGCAGAUGCUUUCUGCUUUAGUCAAGAAAAAUGCUCGUAAUGAAGUCGGUAUUUCUACUAGCCACCUUUCUUCUUUUCACUGGGUUCAGAGGUGUAUCACCUGUCAGUUUGACUCAAGAACAAUCACGUCUACUUGAAUAUCAUAACCACGAUAGAGGACUUGUGAGCAAUUGUAAAGUCCAUGGGCAGCCAGCAAGUAAAGUGCCGCUUAAGGACCUUAUAUGGGAUAAUUAUCUUGCUAAAUUGGCUAGAGACUUAGCUGUCACUUGCAAAUAUCGUCACAAUAAUCGUGAACUACCUACAGACAAAUACAGAUACAUUGGACAAAACAUUGCAGGAGUCCCAUCCGUUAAAAUGGCAAUGAAAUUAUGGUUUGAUGAAUACGUGGACUAUAACUAUAAAUCUGGUCAGUGCAAACCUGGAAAGCAAUGUGGACACUAUAAACAAAUUGUAUGGGAAGAUACAAAAUAUGUGGGAUGUGCUGCACACGACUGCACAGGUGCACCUUCAUUUCCGUAUAACUUAUAUGUGGUGUGCAAUUAUGCCCCUGGUGGAAAUAUUAUCGGUAGGCGACCAUAUGAAGCGAAAGGUGGUCCCUGUCAAGGAGGAGGUAGCGGUCAAAUAGACACUAACAACGUAGACGAUUUUGACAAUAAUCUGCCAGUUGACAAGAAGCCAACAGGUUAUGAUAAAUAUCCAGAUAAAGGCAACGAGGUCACUCAUUGGGGUUACAACAAACCAGGCAACACUAUACCGAAAAAUUUUGAUUGGGUCAAAAACUUCUUUCCAGGCUUUAAAUAUUUCUAUUCUAGUUAUCACUAAUGUGGCUAAUAAGUUUUAAUGAAAUUUUUGUUUUUGUAUAUUGCUUAAAAGCUUGUGCUAACAAUAAUUCCACUGAAUAAAAUAAAUAAAUAAAUAAAAUUGAAAACAAGAUGAACAAUCGGUUAUUAUGUGUAAUAAGUACUGAUUGGUUUGUUUGGAA